UCGCGGUAAAAAAAAUGAAACUUGACUCAUAAUAUUCUGUAGUUUUGACAUAUCGCUAUCAUGAAUUUAUUGGAACAUUCAAAAACUUCGAAUAUUGUUUGCACGUUGUCCCAGACAAAAAUGUCGGAAAAUUCUUCAACAGAAGAUUGCCUAAUUUGCUUCGAUUCAUUCGAUAGUGACGAUAAAAACUGGAGAGUUCUCUCCUGUGAUCACAAAGUGUGUGUGCAUUGCUACAACCGAAUCAACAUUACCAGAACGACAAUGUCCGGAAUCCGCCACAAGUCUCUCAAAUGCCCGUUUUGCCAAAUUACAACCGGUACGAUUGUCGGCCUGUGCCCCGAUGGAAAUAUGACAGUGAGGAUUUUGAGAUCGGAUUGCGCAGGCUUUGAAGGCGUUGGGACGAUUCAAAUCCAAUACUACAUCAGUAACAGUGGCUACCGUUUGAACAGAAUCGCAUAUUUACCCAAUAAUGCGGAAGGGCAGGAAAUUUUGGAAUUGCUGAAAAUCGCCUGGGAUCGACGUGUUGCAUUCACAAUUGGCACUAGUAUUACAACAGGUGUGGAGAAUACCGUGGUAUGGAAUAUACACCACAAGACGAAUCAGACGGGCGGUGUGGCAUUUUUUGGAUACCCGGAUCCAACAUAUUUUCAAAGAGUCAAGUUGGAGCUGGAAGCUAAUGGGGUUGUGUUGAAUUCGAGUUAAUAAUUUGUGCUACUUUGAAUGUUUUUGCCGUUGAAAUGACGGAUUUUAGCUGAUUUUUUUUAUUGCCAAUGAUUAUGGACGCAUAGAGGUUGAGAUGGACGUAGAUAUAAAAUUAGAUUUUUUUAACGAACGGACUUUCUAACAAAUAAAUGUAAUCGGAUGAUUUAAU